GGUUGUUGAAGUUGAUAAUGCCGCCAUCUUGAAAAGUGAACUCUGAUGGUCUCUCUUUUCGCGCCUGUCACAAUCUGUUAUAAACACCUCAUUCUAUCAUACCUCGCCCCAUUUUUCGUUUUUAUUCCGGUGACCGUUUUAUGUAAAGGUUCGCCAGUCUUCAUGCCGGACUUUGGCAGGAUUCCGCUUUCUUAAUCGGUGUGUGUUGAGCGUUUUUGCUGUGGCAGAAGACAUUUCUGCUGCAUAUGUCCUUUAUUUAAGGGUCUGUCCAGUUUCUACCGCCUGUGGUGCCUGUAAUGGGACAGAAGUCCCAAAGAGCACAAGCAUUAUUUUAUUUUUAAUCAGAGUUUUUACCCUCUGGUCUCUGCUUCACUCAGCAGCACCAUGUUUUGGAAGUUUGAUCUGCACACGACGUCCCACAUUGACACGCUCCUGGAGAAGGAAGACGUUACGCUGACUGAGGUGAUGGACGAAGAGGAUGUCUUACAGGAGUGCAAGGCUCAAAACCACAAGCUUGUGGACUUCCUGGUGAGGCCACAGUGCAUGGAGGAUCUCGUGGGCUACAUCACUCAGGAGCCCAAUGACGAUGUGGAGGAGAAGAUCAAAUACAAGUAUCCCAACAUAUCCUGUGAACUCCUGACCUCAGAUGUUAGCCAGAUCAAUGACAGGCUGGGUGAAGAUGAAAGUUUACUGAUGAAACUCUACAGCUUCCUACAGAACGAACCUCCCCUCAAUCCGCUGCUAGCCAGUUUCUUCAGCAAGGUCCUGAGCAUCCUCAUUGGGAGGAAACCAGAGCAGAUCGUGGAGUUCCUCAGGAAGAGGGAAGACUUUGUGGAUCUGAUGAUCAAACACAUAGGGACCUCGGCUAUUAUGGACCUCCUGCUCAGGAUGCUCACCUGCAUCGAGCCACAGCAGCUUAGACAAGAUGUAUUAAAUUGGCUAAAUGAAGAGAAAGUUAUACAGCGGCUGGUUGAUAUGGUACAACCAUCACAAGAUGAGGAUAAAACGGUUUUGAAUACCACAUGGGGAGUGUUGGAUCCACCAGUGGGAAAUACUCGUCUAAAUGUGGUGCGACUAGUGACCAGCCUUCUACAGACCAACACGCAUAUCAUCAACCAGGAGCUCAUUGCCCUCAACACAUUGGGAGUCAUACUAGACAUGUACUUCAAAUACUUAUGGAAUAAUUUCCUACACACACAAGUAGAAAUCUGUACGGCGAUGAUCUUAGCGAUGCCUUCAACCCAAAGUGAAUCUCCUGAAAUCAACAGAGAAAACGACCAAGAGCCCAUAAGAGAAAACAUCCUUAUCAAACAUCUCUUUCAGAAGUGCCAGUUAAUACAAAGAAUUCUUGAUGCCUGGGGAUCAAAUGAGAAGGAGCAGGCUGAGGGUGGGCGGCGGAGAGGUUACAUGGGUCACCUGACCAGAAUAGCGAACUCUAUAGUCCACAACAGCGACAAGGGCCCCAAUGGGGCACAAAUUCAACAGCUCAUCUCAGAGCUUCCAGAGGAGGAUGGGGAACGAUGGGAAGCGUUUACUUCAGGACAGCUAGCAGAUAUAAACAAGAAAAACACUGUAGACUUAGUUAACACACACCACAUACACUCAUCCAGCGAUGAUGAGGUAGAUUUCAAAGACGGCGGGUUUCAUCAGGACUCCUCCCUACAGCAAGCCUUUUCUGAUUAUCAGAUGCAACAAAUGACGUCCAAUUUUAUUGAGCAGUUUGGCUUCAAUGACGAAGAGUUUGCUGAUCAGGAGGAUGUCGGGGAUAUUCCUUUUGAUAGAAUAUCAGACAUCAAUUUUUCCUUGAAUACAAAUGAAAGUGCAAACAUGGCGCUCUUUGAGGCCUGCUGUAAGGAGAAGAUCCAGCAGUUCGAAGAUGCCGGAUCAGAUGAGGAAGAUAUCUGGGAUGAGAAGGACGUCACUUUUGCUCCGGAAGCUCAGAGACGCACCAGGAGCUCAGGAAGUACAGAUAGCGAGGAGAGUACAGACUCUGAGGAGGAGGAUGGGAAGAGAGACUCGUUUGAUUCCGCCAAUGCCACCUCUGAUGACAGAAUGGAAGUGGACUCUGGGGAUGGACCGGUAUGGACGGCAAAUUUUGAUGACAUACCCAUGGACACGGGCAGCUCCACGGCUCCCAGCGCACCUGUGUCCACCUCACCAGCUGCAGUGCCUGAACCGGCGGGCUGGAACUCUCCAAACGCAGGUGCAGAGUCGGGUUGGGCUGACUUCUCCAGCUUCACACCUGUCAGCCCCAAGGAUCCUUUGAGGAGCAAUUCCCCGGUAGCCAUGGAGACCAGCAUAGAAACGGUGGACCCUCUGGGAGUCAACGCGCCCAUGCAGCAAGAAAACACAGAUCAGUGGCUUCCCAAUGAGACCACGCCGACUUCCCCAAGAGGAAAGGUUGGAGACGGCUCGGACCCCGAGGAAGAGCCUGUCAGUGACCGCAUCACAGAAACGGUCACCAACGGCUCUAUGAAGGAGACGGUCAGCCUUACUGUAGACGCCAAAACUGAAACUGCUGUUUUCAAGAGUGAGGAAGAGAAACAAUCUACCUCUGAAGAUGCAUCUGCAAAAUUGUUUGCAGAGAGUGGGGAAGUGGAGAAAAGCAAUUGUCCUCCUAGCAACUGUCAGAAACCAGGUCUAAAGCACUUAGAAGAGAAAGCAAAAGCCACUUGCAAAGCUCUAAAUGGUCCUCUUGAGGAUGCUGCCGCUAUGGACGAAGCCAAAUCAGAGCAGCGCACGGCCAACCCCGAGGCAGCAGUGAACGGUCCGGCAUGAUGAGAGUAGUGCCGUCAGUCAGCUCCUGCCACGAGCACACCCCUCCUCCAGGACCACCCGGAGAGGCCUGUGCAAGACUGGAGCCCCCCAGAAACCACCACCACCACCACCGCUGCUGCUGCUGCUGUCUCUUACUCCAGCACUGCACUGAUGCCACCAGAUCAGGACCAGCAAUAUUCAUAUUAGACAGUUGUACAGAAAAUUUGAACUGUUAUGAAGAGAAACAUACUCUAAUGAUUUUUUUUUUUUGCAUUCGUUUAUAUACUAUUGUUCUUAUGAGGUGAUCUGUCUGACAUCUUGCCACUUAAAAGUGAAUAGUAAUGUUGCUAUAGUUAAAAAUGAUUGUAUGAAUAAAAAAAUAUUUUAUAAAAGACAAAUGUAUACAGAAACAGGAUUGAUAAAACCGAAAUAUACCGAUUGGGACGUUAAUGUGUGACCAAAACAUAAGCUGUCUUGUUGAUAGGAUUUUCCUCUUGUGCACAAAUCUGCUAUUUAAUUUCCAAGUAAAAGCAACAGCUGCCACAGACAUCUUAAAUUGGCAACUUAUGUCGGUCUGUUUUAUUUUUAAGCUUAUUGUUAGGGGCGACUGCUUUGAGAUAUUCAGAAAUUAUGAUUUAUUUUGCCACCCGUGUUAUUUGUAAAUGUUUCUUGUAUCCUUUCAACAUAAGCAAGAUUUGAACAAAAGAAACACUUUUUGGUAUAGUUUUUAACUUAAUUUAUUCUCAAAGAGAUGGUAUGCUACUUACACGCCCCCUUCUUGAUGAAAUUCAAAUCUGGAGUGAAUGGACAGAUGGGUCUCCAUUUGCAUGUAGCUAGUAAGAGUGAUUCUUACCUACGGGCCUGCAUUCAGUACAGCCCAACUUUUAUAACCGUUAUCCUCUCCAAACAAGUCAACCUUUCUACCUGAAGAGUGAUGGGAAUGCAACAUAUUCCUGGUAAUGCUACAAUGAUCAUGCAACGACUUUUUUCUUUUUGUAAUAAAACGCUAUCUGUGCCAGCAAGAAGGAAAA